AGAUAAAGAUAAAGAUAAAGAUAAAAAUAAAAAUAAAAAUAAAGAUAAAGAUAAAGAUAAAUUGUAGUGGUUAAAUUUCAACCUCUGUGCGAACACUAGUAGUAAUAGUAACACCAUACCAGAUCUACAUAUAUCUACACUGAUAUAUGUUUUAUCAGUCUAUAAGCGAUGACGUUUGAUCAUUCAUACAACUCGCUCGUUACUGGCUUGUAUACUUACGACUAUAACAACCGAUUUGAUGUGAAUAAAUUAGCCAUUAGAUAAUUCGGAUAUCUAGAUAUUAAUUUUGUAAGGUUUUUACAUUUAUUUCAUUAAUUUUAUUAAUGUUAUUCCUCGAAAUUUUUUCAGUUUUUCAUUUUUGAAAUUACAACCUCGACGAUAUUUGAAACCAGCGAGUGGAAAAAAAGAUAUUUUUCUUAAUUCAAAAAUUUUCUAAAUAGUUCAACAUUUUUAAAUAUUAAGCCAUUUUAUUGAGGUGAGUUACAUAUGUGUGUAUGUAUGUACAUAGGUACAUAGGUAUGGAAAUCACAGUUCAUUUACGAGUAUGCUACUCCAGAAAUAAAUUAUCUUUAAAUAAAAAUUUGCGUACAUUAUGUACUGUUAUUUGUUUCUUCGAAAAAACCUGUGAAUUUAUUAGCGGAUAUUUUCGUUCACAAUAAUUUUCACUUUCAAAACGAGAAACACAGUAUUUAUUUUUAGACAUUAGAUGGGCAAGUACAUGCCUUUCCAUGUCAGAAGUUGAGUAAGAAAACCGAAAGCAGCUGUGUAAAACUGCAACCUUAUAAAUUGAUUAUACUACUUACGUUAAAAUAUUACACAAAAGUAUCACAAAAUCAAAAUAACCCAAAAAGUGCUACAAAACUUCUCGAAGUUAUGGAUAUCUCAGAUUCAUCAUAUCAGCAGAUCUGCAGUGCACGCACCGUCCAGUCGGAUCAGAAGGGUUUCUUCAACGAAUUCUUUCUGGAGGUGAAAGGGGGCUGCAGUGAAAAGUGGCUGAAACAUUACUUUAGCCAAUUGAAGUCAAACGAGGCGCGCAUCCUAUCGAUCUUCAGCGAUCAGGAAAUUUGCGAUACAGUGCUUGGAGUGCUGGAAAAUGUUGCACCUGUUUAUAAACUCAAAGAUGGUCUCUUCUCAGUUCAAAGACGUGCACAGGCAGACAAGUUCAAUUUGUUAGGGGACUUCGAGCAGGCCUUAAUGCACGCCAAUUUGGCCGUUAUGCGUGCUCCAGCAAAAGAUGUUGAGCGAGAUAUAGAUAAUGGCCUCAGUUUAGCAAUGGCCUAUCGUAGCCGUGCUGGAAUUUUAAUAAAUUUGGGUUAUGGCGAGGCGGCACUAAGAGACCUUAAACUAGCCGCUUCUUAUGGUUUGGAAUUGAAGGGCAAUGUGGAUUACUAUAUUAAAAUGGCGAAGGCGUAUGCUUUAAUGGGCGAAUCAGCGCGAUCUGAUAUAUCACUCAAGGUUGCUGAGAAACUUUCGGGUAAUAAUAUUUCCUUGCGAGACUCCUUUGACACCGAACUGGCGCUUAUAAGACGGAGCGAAACUAGCGAUCAGCCGGUAGUGCCUACACUCACGAACGGAGAAAACCACGCAUUGCGCGGCGCAUCGAGUUUGGUGAAAGUAGUGGAGACUAAAGAGAGAGGUCGCUUUGUUGUCGCUGGAGACAAUUUAAAAACGGGUGACGUUGUGUUGUGUGAAAACCCAGUUGCCGCUUGUUUAUCGCCAACGUUCGCCGGCAGUCAUUGCCACCAUUGUUUUCAGAGAUUAACCACUCCGGUGCCAUGUCUCAACUGCUCCGGCAUUGCUUUUUGUUCUCCACAGUGUAUGGGAGAGGCAUGUGACAGUUACCAUCGUUUCGAGUGUCAGUUUAUGGACCUUUUCAUAGGUUCUGGCAUGUCGAUACUCUGUUACUUGGCAUUACGCGUUUUCACACAAGCCCCCAGCCUGGAAAAUGCCCUUCAUGAUGCCACAUCAAUGUAUGAGAAUCUCUGUUCCCAUAUUGAAAGCCGCGAAGCUGAAGACUACUUGCAACGAUCUCUGAUGGCAGGAUUUUUACUUCGUUGUCUACAAAAAGCUCAAUACUUUGGUCGACGUAAGAGCGAAGGCGUGAAUCCAACUGCGGUUGAAUUGAAGGUCGGCACAGCUCUGCUGGGCCUUUUACAAGUUUUGCAAUAUAAUGCUCAUGAAGUUUUCGAGAAAAAAGUUACCGACCAACAUCGCUUCGAGGGAUCCAAAAUUGUGUAUGUGGGUGCGGCGAUUUACGCUAGCGGGGCUUACUUCAAUCACGAGUGUUGGCCUAGUGUGGCUCGCUAUUUUGUUGGGAAGAAAUUGGUUUUGACAACCAUUAAGCCUCAUCAGCCCAAUGAAAUCAUAGCUGAGAAUUAUGGUCCCAUUUUCACGAAAACAAAUUUGAAGGAACGCCAACGAUCACUGCGGGCACGAUACCUAUUCGAAUGCAAAUGUAAGGCCUGCCAAGAAAAUUGGCCAACAAUACAAAAGAUUGAAAAGCAAGUCAGAUUUCGGUGCCCGUCCGCAAAUUGCGUUAAUGUUUUGAAAUUUCCAAAAGAUAUAGCCAAAGAGGUGCGGUGCUCACGCUGUCGGAAAAAUGUUUCUCUAAAAGCGAGUGUGGCGAAAAUGAUUCAAAUAGAAGAGCUAUACCGCAGAGCUGCUGAAUCUAUGCACAAUCAAAAGGUGCAGGAGGCCAUUGAUCAGUUUACAGAAGGGAUUGAAGCGUUUUUUGAAAUCGCGGUUUUGCCACACAAAGACACAAUCAUUGCACAGCAUUCACUGAUUAGAUGCUUUGCUGAUCGCGGCACCACAUUCAAAUAAAACACAACAGCAUUAACAUGAAAUGAUUCAAACAAUUUUAGAUUUGAUAAAAUUAUAUAAGUUAAAAAUGCACCUUCAUAUUAAGCGAAAUAAAUGCAUAUUUGUUCCAAAAGGACAACUCAAAAUUCUAUCACCACAAUUCAUCUAUACUACGUCUAUAAAAUUUAAGAUUCAGUUGGGCUUAAUUAACGUAACGUAACCUAAUACAUUGGACAAAACAAUAUAUUUUAGUUCAGGAAUUUUAAUGUGGCUUAUAGGCGGCCAAGUGACCAUCAGCUGAAAAGGAAAAUACAAAAA